GUGGCCACAGCAGCUUCUCUUAGGAUGUACAGCUUCAUGGGAGGGGGCCUGUUCUGUGCCAUGGUGGGGAACAUCCUGCUGGUGGUCUCCACAGCAACAGACUACUGGAUGCAGUACCGUCUGUCGGGCAGCUUCGCCCACCAGGGCCUGUGGAGGUACUGCAUGUCGGGAAAGUGUUACAUGCAGACGGACAGCAUCGCAUAUUGGAAUGCCACCCGGGCCUUUAUGAUCCUGUCAGGGAUGUCGUGCUUUGCGGGCAUCAUCGCAGGCAUCCUCUCCUUCGCCCACUUCUCUGCCUUCGAGAGGUUCAACCGUUCCUUUGCUGCAGGGAUCAUGUUUUUCGUCUCCACCUUAUUUGUUCUUCUGGCAAUGGCCAUCUACACGGGUGUGACAGUGAACUUUCUGGGCAAGCGUUUCGGUGACUGGCGUUUCUCUUGGUCCUACAUAUUGGGCUGGGUGGCACUGCUCAUGACCUUCUUUGCAGGGAUAUUUUACAUGUGUGCCUACAGAAUGCAUGAAUGUAGGAGAGGAGGCGGCCCUACACGCUAGAGAGAAAGACACCGCAAAUCGCACAAACUGUUUAAAAAAAACAACAUUUAACACUGAAUGAAUGACCUUAACAUAUGACAGAAAGCCUUCGUGCCUACAUGGGCCUCCAUCCCCUGAUGCUUCCAAUGGAUUUCCUGGAUAAAUAAAGACUUGAUAGAAAAAUAUACAAUAGCUUUCUGCCAUUCACAUGAAAAGAAGAAUGAUAACAACUUUAUUUGCAAAGACAAUUCCACAAGCUUCUUUAUCUAUGUACAGUAAACAGGAAACUAUGUUUCAAAAUGGCUAGCACUGCAAUGGUUAUGGUAUCUCCUUAGUGCCCUUUUCAAGCAUAUAUGCGAGAUGAGAACAGGCAUUUUGUACAUGCAAAUGUAGCCUAUUGUAGUUUUGGUUAGGA